AUGACGAAGCGCGUCAGAGCGAGCAGCGACUCGCACCUUCUGUUGGAUUGCCUACAAAUCUCAAGCCGGGCAACACCGCUGCGCAAAUGCAUCGAGAAAGUAAGCACUGACACCAGCAGAGUGUUAGCCGCACUGAGCACAGACUUGAGACUUCAGCAUCACUUCGGCCGAUUUCGGAAAAAAUCGGAGCCACCGUCCACUCGCAUUUUUCUGGCAUCCGCCACUGUUUUCCUUCUGCUGGACGCUGGCAUGGUUGUCGUGACGGUGCAGUUCUGGGCGGAGGGCCAGCGAUGGCAGCGCGACUUCGAGAUAGAGGCAGAUGCGACGAUUCGUGCGCUGAAGGAGUCCAUGCUGAAUCCCCACGGUGGCGAGGAGGACAUUGACGCCUUUGAACUACGGAUGCGUGGACGCCGGGUACCGGACUUCGAGAAGGUCUCGCAGGAUUGCACUCUGGACUUUGAGUACCUUGGAGCAUCCGAGGGUGCACGAAAGGCGCGGCUGGACCGGCAGGAUGAGGCGAGAUGGGAUGUGCUCCAGCUGCCACAGCAGGAGCCACCCGAGCGCAUCCGCCCCCGAUCGGUGCCGGCAGCGAAGAAGAGCGACAGCUCCAUUGCACGCAGCGAAACAUCUGACGAGUUCUUCCGACCCACGCCGGCACCGCGCCCGGCGGGAGCUGCACGCAAGGGCCCCCCGGCUCCGGUGAAGCGUUGGGAAGUGGUGGGUGGCUCUGACAAGGGAGGCAUCUUGGUGCGGGAAGGCCAGUCAACCACCUCCAAGCAGCUCGCAGACCGCUUGUCCACAGGUGCUCUGGUUGAAGAGCUAGAUCUGCGAGGAGAGCGGCUCCAGUUCAAGAGGCUAACCGGUACUGGCCCCGAGACAGGCUGGGUCAGCCUCAGUGUCUCUGGCAAGGAGUUGGUUCGCCCAAAGCAGACGUCACCGCAGGAGAUGCUGACGCUAGAUUGCGCGCUCUCGCUUCAAGAAGAGCUCAUGGAGGGCUUCGGGAAGCCAGAAUUCCAGCGGACACUGGCGCAGCUCGUUCGCGCGCAUCCGACAAAGGCCGGCGCUGAAUUCUUGAGGAAGCGCACAGAGCUCUUCCUCUCUGUGCAGAGCGUUGUUCUCCCGAGGUAUGGCUUCGAGGGCUCGCCGAAGGGCGUGGUUCAGAUGAUGGCGGCCUACGCACCUCACGGUCACUGCCCAGAAGUGGGCUGGAACAACGAUCAGCUGAAUAAGCUGCUUCAAAUGUAA